UUGGAAGUGCGCCCCGGGGGCGGCUCGCAGGAGUCGCCUGGCUCCGCGAGUCCCCUUACCAACAAGGUAUGUGAAAGCGCAGAGGAGUCUUCUCACUGCCUGUGGGCCCUGAGACUCCACUCAGGAUUGCCUCUGGACUCUGAAAGGGCCCUCGACGCAGCUGAGUCGGUUGAGCUCCAAAUGGGGCCUGGUGAAGAGCGUGCCGUUCCCGUGCCUCAGCACCUCGAGGAGGGGUCGCUUCCUCAGGCCUCCUUUCCGCGGAGAGGAGACCACCCAGCCCCCAGCCACACCCCAGGACCUCCCGGGCCUCAGAGAGAAGAAUUGCAUCAGUACAGGUUCUACGAGCACAGGAGGAGUUCUGUGGUGCUCAACUUACCUGGCCUUGAGGUAUUCCCCGGGGACCUUCUGGUGUCAGCUGGAGCCGCGGACUACCUGUGCCAUCCACUUCUGCUGCUGAAUUCAGAAUCCAAAAAGCCAAGAUGGCCUUUCUCCAAGAGAGGAGUGCAGGGCAAAGACAAGCACAAGCUUAUAUCUGAUCUGGAAGACUGCUUGUCCUCUUUGAAGAUUACAGACUUCAGGGACUAUGAGUUCCACACCCUGAAGGAUAAGACCUGGAAUGAAGUCAUGGAAAUGCAUCAGAAACUUCCUACUAAUCAAUUAGACUUGAGAAAGCAGCAAGAGGCUGUGUGGGAACUCUUCACGAGUGAAUGCACUUAUUUUUUGGAUCAUUUAUUAGUUCUUAAGAUGAUCUUCAUGAAUACAUUAAAAUAUCUACAGACUCAUGAAUAUCUCCUGGAUGUGGAUUUAUGGAGACUUUUUGCAAACCUGGAGGAGCUAAGUCAGACAAGCUUUGGUUUUGUGAACAGUCUUUUCCAUAUCUUCAAGGACUACGUUGACACUUGUGAGACUUCACCAUCGUUGGAUUUUAUUUCCGUGCUCACAAAGUAUUUCCGAGGCAGCCUGUGUCAGAGCCACCAGACCUAUUGCCUCAACUACUCGGCUGCUGUCUUUUAUCUCGAGAGCCUGAAGCAGAGACAUGACUUUGGAAUUUAUUUAAAAUGGUGUGAGCAAAAUGACCAGUGUAGACGCCUUCACUUACCUGAGCUGCUCGUGGCCCCACUGCACAGGCUGACUCGAUAUCCCUUGUUGCUGAAGAAUAUCUGGAAAAGGAGUACAGACUCUACGGAGAAAAUCAUGAUCUACUCCAUCAAGGAAAAGGUGGAAAAGUCAAUCCGGGAUCUUGAAGGAAAAGUGAAGUGGCUUGACAAUUUUCAGAAGUUCAGACAUCUACAGGAGAUUGUAGUGUGGCCUCCACUUUGGGAUCGAGAUAAAAGGUUUUUCAUUCCAGAGUGCCUGAAACACAUUUUUAAAGAACACAUGGCAGAAAACAUCCUGUCACCAACCAAUAGACACCUUCUCUAUGAAGGAAAGUUAACUCUUGCAGAAAGCACAAGAUUCCUAGAUGUUUAUCUGUUUCUCUUUGAUGAUUUCCUCUUAGUUACGAAAACUAAGCGCAACAAAAAGAAACUUGGAGGCUCAGACCCUGGCUUAAUGUGCCCUUCGCUUACUGCUGAGCUGCAGGCAGUAAUCAGAGAGGGCGGCUCAUGUACAGUCAUCGACCAGCCCAUUCCACUAGACAGACUGGUUGUCAGAGGUCUCGAUCCCCUCCACGUGUCAGUCUUUGGGCUGAGAAAUGCUUUCCUCAUACAACAUGAAAACAGAUAUCGACAAUGUAUAGCAGCAUUCUUAUUACAAGCCCAAACGGAAAAUAUCAAGAGAACAUGGAUAGCACAAAUAACGGCAGCAAUCUCUUGCUUCACCAAGAGUCAAGAAACCAAGAAAAUGUCCUCAUUCACUUUGCCUGCAGAAUCCUCGAAGAUUUAGGGACCUAAAUCAAGUGGCACACCUUUUAGACAUUAGGGACUAAGGUAUUCUUUCAUUCAAACUUGCAGCACUUAACCUAGGGAUGACCUAGAAUAAGCAUUUUAAAGAAGUUUCAGAAUUUGAGCUAGGUACUCCUCAGGGUAGAGUAAUAAUGACUUCAACAAAUUUGAACCCUGAGGAAUUUCUUGUUACAUAUACACAGGUUGAUAUCCCAGAGUAUCUCAUAAUGCUUCAGGCAGGCUUGAAAAGGGGGUGAGGGAAGUAUGCGGCUAUUACCAUUUGUAAUGGAUAAUCAGGUGGAUGCAGUGUCAGGUGGAAAACAGUGCCCACUGCUUGGGUCUGAUAUGAAUUCUAGCAUCUGAUUCUGUCUAUCUGUAAUGAAACCAAGUCUCCUACCUGGUUUGUAAGUCAGUUUUACUGCUCUACAAUCCUACCUCAUACAAAGUUGGAUUGCCCUUUUAACAUACUAAGCAAUGAAUAAUAAUGUCUUCAUCUUAGUAGAGGUUUUUAAAUUUCUAGUCUCCAACAGUUUACUUAUCUCAGGUAUACUUUAUAAUACUCUUAACUUGGAGAAAAUCCCAAAAGACUAAAUUCCAUUGUUUUGAGAAAAAAGCAAUUAUCUAUUCUAAUUUUACUAGUUAAGUUUUACUUGGGAGGUUUCAUAGAAAUAGUAGCAUAUCUUUCUCUAAAUCUCACUUUUUGAAUAAUGCAGUUUUUCAUAAAACUUUCUGGUUUUGAAUGUGUGUGUGAGUUAGCACAAUACCGUCACUGCAUCUUAUUUGGCAGGACUUAAAACAUCAUUAGAAUUCUUACCAAGAAAAGCAGGUUGAAUUACUAUCAUGAUAGAAUAUACUAUUAACUGCAGGCAAGGAAUUAGUUUGUAUUCUCAGAAUGAAAUUUGUGAUUUUCAUUUUAGACAACUUCAGACAUGGUACCUUCUGCAGUUUCCAAAAUGGAAGUAGUAUAUUUAUCAACUCGGACAGCAAGACAAAUGAUACUUAAACUGAUCUCCUUAAGCUGGAGAAUGGGAUAGAGAGGAUAACGCUUGGGGAGGUCAUGUGAACACUAAUUCUUGGAGAAGAAGGCAUGUUUCACCAUGUAAACCAGGCAGUGCAGACAAGUGCAACGUAACAGCACUUUUAAAGGGCCAAGCACUAUUAGAAGGGAGGGUCACCGCCUCUGUGUAAUAAAGUCGCAUUUAUUAGGAGUAAGUGAAAAUGAAAGGAAAACCAGUAACUACUGUCAGUGCCUAAGAAAGAAAAAAGGCAAAGGUACAGGAGAACAAAUUUUAAGUUCUUAGAGAUGAA